AACCAAAGAAGAUGAAUCCUUGCAGUCACGAAAGCUUUAAAUCGAUUCUUAUGGGAUAGUUGCAAAUGCAGAAAAUGUUUAGCAUAAUCGAUUCCUAAUAAAUUCAGUCAUUGCGAAUCGAUUCAUAAACAAUUCGUGUAUUUGAAUCGAUUCCAAAUUCAAUGGAAUUGUUUAAAUCGCCCGAAUGGAAUCGCUGAUGAGACUAAUAAUGCCGAUCAAUGUCUAUAUUAUAACCCACUUCGAAUGCUGCAAUCCCGAAUCGUUAAAUAAAACCCAAAAAGAAAUAACAGCAACAGUCGUAAGUUGACAAAAAAUAUAAAUGACAUUUAUUUAAAAAAAAGCGCGUAUAAAUUCAUCCAAUGGCGACACGGCUUCUAUCGGCCGGGCUCGUAUUGUCGCCGCUGAUUGGAUGAAACGGCCGCAUUUUGAAUGCGGGUUUCCGGUGCUGCUGCUGUUGCUUCUUCAUCAUCAUUAAUAAUCAAUAAUCAUUAAUAAUCAUCGCCAGCCAUGACCUAUCCGCUGCUGGAUGAAGCCCUCUCGUCUCUGCGGCGCAACGAUCUGCCGGGCGCCCGCACGCGGCUCACCUCCGUGCGAUGAAGAAGGUGAAGGCGCAGCCCCUGAAACUGCCCGCCCGCUCGCCCGCCCGCCCGCCCCAGCUGCACGAGGCGGCGGUGUCGGCGUCGUCGCCGCCGCCUCCACUGCAGGCAACGGCCACCUCCAAGAGGGUCAUUUGGCCUACUCUUCCACGCCGGCCACACGUUCUUAAAAGGAGAGAGCGGGUGCCAUGAUGGCAGAUCCCAUCGCGUUCCCGAGCAGUGAGCCCGGCAGGAUGGGACGGAGCGACGGAAUGGCGCUCUCCGUGAGCAGCUCCUGCGGGUGGGACUCUGAAGACGACGACUUCAACCCGGCGAGCACGCGAUGCGGUCCUCCCGCGGCCAAGUGCCUGGGGAAGGACCGCAAACUCUCCCGGCGCAACAACACGCGCAGCGCCGCAUUGGCGGUGAGCCACGAUGCUGCUGCCGCUGCUUCCAAAACUCCGCCCGCCGGCGCGACAGCAUGGGAGGAUGGCUCGUCUUCGAGGAGCACCGAGGAGCAGCCCGGACCGGACAUGGAGUGUGCGCGUGGUCGGAGAGCGGAGGAGCACCGGCAGAAGCCCGAAGACGCGUCGGUGAGCGCCGAGGCGAAGAAGCGGCGAGUGGCGCGAAACCCCGCCGAGGUGUCCGACCUGCCCGGCGGCUCGCUCGGCAACGUUGGUGCAGAGCACGUGGCGAGGGUCGCGACAGCUGCGGAUGGGCACGCGGACGUCGCGCAGGACGACCGGCGUUUGCAACCGGUGGGCGACCACAGCGCUGGCGCCGGGAAGGCGACCGCCGAGCGUCUGGUGCGGGCGCCGUCGACCGUGGGCUUGGGAGCCGGCACGGGCGACGAGGCGGCUGCUGCUCGCCCGGGCGAGCGCUCGCCCAAACCCGGCGGUGAAAAGGCCGAGGCGUCGCGAGCGGACUCUGUCGCGAAGCAGGACGGCAUCGUCGCCGCAACGCCUGCGACCGAGGGCGCCCGCGAGGGAGCGAUCGGGGCGACUCGGCUGCCACUGCCCGCGCCGAUUCCGCCUGAGCCGCACGGAGCGGCCGGCGAUGGCGACAGCGACGGCGCGAUUGUUGUAGCCGAGUGGCCGGCGGGGAAGGCGGCCGCCACCUCGGUCGCUCUGAGCACGAGCGUAGGCGUCGCGGGUAAGCCGAGGCCUCGCGUCAAGGACCUGGUGUUGGAAAAGCUGCAGAAAUACAGGCGGCAGGCUCCUGAGAGAAUCUACCUUGGCCCUGACACAGGCACGGCGUCGGUGCUCAGCGACGAGCAGCUGGCGCGGGUUUUGCAACAGCAGGAGGAGGAGGAGCGGCUGUUGCUGCUCGCUCCUGGGCUUGAGUGUGCCCUCUUUGGUGAAGUGCCCUCAGGGCUCUGCUUCUGCCACGUCUGCCAGAAGGAGCUGACGCACAUGAACAGCGUACGCAGACAGCAGCACAUCAACAGGUGUUUAGACGACCAGGAACAGUUGUGCCCGGGCCAGGCGCCGGCUCCCGCUGGUGGCGCUGGUGUAGCCGCUGCAGCGGGUGCAGCCGUGCCCGAGUGCCCCAUUUGCGGGCGCCAUUUCCAGACGGAGAAGGCGCGCGCCGGCCACCUCAAGCGCUGCGCCCGCGAGCUGCACGUGGCGUCGCGCGACCUGGUACUGGCUGUGCAGCGCCAGCAAGCGCAGGCCGGCACGGCGGCACCGCCUGCCAUCGCCACCGCUGCCGCCGGCAGAUCCUUGGGAGCCGCCCCCAGGGGCAAGAAGAACAAGACCGGAGGCUCCGCGGCGGUGCGAGGAAGGGGUGGGGGCUUGCCUUCGGAGCGGCCGCCCCCCACGGACGAGGAAGAACAAAUGAGGGUCGCUCUGGCGAUGUCGGCCUCCCUGAUGGAGCUCGAGGAGAGGGUUCCUCCUGGGAGCGCGGGGCUGCUGCAACUCAAGCCUCUUCCCGACAAAGCCGCACCCAGGAAGGGCCGCCGGAAGAAGAACGCCGGCGCCGUGUCGGCCCUGCUGCAGGCCGAUCCCGCCGCCACCGUGCGCCGACUGGCAGAGAAGAUGGCCGUGCUGCUGGUGCCGGACACGGAGCUGGAGCAAGAAGUGGCGUCACGUCGCACCCCGCCACUGCCACCCAGCCGCCUGCUGCCCCCCUCGCCUGCGUCGCCAUCGGUGCCAGCGACGCCGCUGCCACCGCCGUGGUGUGGCUCCGCGGCGACGGCGCUGCUGUGGAAGCGCAGCGCGCUGCUCACCGCGGACGUGCAGGGAGAGGCGCCAUUUCUCUGCCCGGCCCUCGUGCCGCCACUGUCGCCGGGCGGCCCGGUACCAACCGGGGCAGCCCAGAAACAGCUGUCUUUCUCCGAGACCAUCACUGCCUCUGAUGCGCCAGCGAACCCGGUCGGAGACCGAGUCUCCCUUCGGCAAACACCGCAGGCUGCCACCGCCACCUUGGGUGAUUCCUCACUAAGAAACUCCCAGCCGGGAUCGGCCCAAGGGAGUGUGGGUGGCUGCGCUGGCGACGUUAGUCGUGGAGGAGGUGGCUCUGGCAUUGGUGGCACUGGUGGUGGCGGCGGCUCGUCGGCCUCCGAAUUGGGUCGCUCGGGAGAGUGGCAGCAGGAGGUGUCGGGCAGCCAAACGCUGCUGGCGCUGGUGGAGUUGGCCAGGGAGGGGCUGCCCCUCACUCAGUUCAUGCAGGACUUGGGCGAGCCGCCUCUGCCUUCAUGUACAGGAGCCAUAGAGGAGAUGAGUGGUUUCCUGCCCGAGACGGAGCCCUGUGUCUCACCGUGUCCGUCAGAGCUCCACGGUGCAGGCCCAGCCCAGCACAGCUCUGCAGAACCCAGCCUGUCGGCCGCCAGGCUGGUGGCUGAUCUGGCGGAGAUGGUGAACAACCCCCACAUGAGCGACGUGCAGCUGCAGGUGGACACGGGGGAGCUGGCAUACGCACACAUGUUCAUGCUCUACGCUCGUUGCCCUGCGCUAAUGCAGCAGGUGUUCACGGAGGGCUUCGACGCCGUUUGUGAGCGCGGGGAGGCCCAGGGCCGGCGUGUGAUCGUGCACGACGCCUCGCUGGACGCCGUGCUCGCCCUGCUGCACUUCGUGUACACGGGGAGCCUGCACGUGGCGCCCAGCGCGCUGGCAGAGACGCGCUCGCUCGCCAACAGGUACGAGCUGAGCGACCUGCUUAGCGCGUCGCCGCCCGUCAGCGGAGGCGGCGCAUCGCCGCCCGUCAGCGGAGGCGGCGCGUCGCCUCGGCCGUCGUACUCGGGGGCGGCGCGGGAGGGCGACGCGGCCAUACGGGAGCUGCUGCGCUCGCUCUGGGAGCACGAGGAGGAGGAGGAGGACGGCGGAAGGGACGGGGAGGCCGUUAAGGCGCGCAGGCACGAUAACGGCGACGACGGCGACGGCGGCGGCGGCGGCGACGACAACGACGACGGUAUCGGCGACAGCGACCUGGACGAGGUGUACGAGUUCGUGGCCACGCAGCGGCGUGAGCGCGGCCGCCGCCGCGGCUCGGCCGACGCGGCGAGCGAACGGCUCGGCUCCAACAGCGACGGCGCGAGCGGUCUCGACAGCGAGGAGGAGGAGGAGGAGGAGACGGCGGCUGCGGCGUACGUCAAGGAUAGAGUGUCGGACGCGAGCGCCGCUCGGUCGCCCCGCGCCGACGACACCUCCGCCGGCAGCUCAAGCGAGGCGGGGACGGUGGCCGUGGCGGCGGUCGCGUCGGCCUCGUCGGGCCCCGACGACUCGUACGAGCGGAUGUUUACGGAAGAAGACGCGAGCGGCGGGUACGUGGAGCCGUCGCCGGUGACGCCGUACGCUCACAGGCCUCUGCCGCGAGCGACCGAUGUUUGCGAGCGGGCCUCUACGCGGCCUCGCCCCGGGACGCUCGGCUGAGGGUUGCGACGACCCCUCGUCGCGCUCCCCCUACCGGUUCGGCCCCGCCGCGUCAAGUCCGUUCAGAAUGAAAAAACGCUCGGAGGGUCGGCAGCGGCCGACGCUCGGCGGCGGCCCCCAUC